AUGGCGCUGCAUGAGCAAAAUGAGGUGUUUAUUUUCAGCCUCUGCACAGUGGUCACACCAGCCCACAUGGGGCAUUUUUCACACUACAUGUACAGCACUGUCUACGCUCCGCAGCCUCCACCCACAGCCCGAGCAGAUGAUGGCGUACCAGGCGCCGCGGAUGAUGCAAAACCUAUUUUGGACUUGUAG